AUGCCAACAAAUCUGCAAGCGUUCGCCAACUGCAGCACAGGUAAUCUGCUCAGCACAUGGGACAAUGCCGAGGGAGCUCUGCGCUACAAUGUGACGGCACAGGGCAACUUCCAAGACAGCAUCUACUCCUGCAGCUCACAGUCCAACAGCUGUGCUAUGGCAGGCCUGCACUGCGGGGAAAGCCUAACCAUCUCAAUCAAGUCCUCUGACGAUGAAUGUGACAGUCCAAGGACGCUUGGGCUUCCUGCAGAGACAGCCCCAUGCACCCCUCAGAAUGUGUCUGCUGUGAAACAGUGUGGAAAUGACUCGGUCUCAGUCAGCUGGGGUUUGAGCAGUGGUUCACUUUUCUACAUCGCCAUGGCAAAGGGUGAUGAUGGUACCGUGCACAGCUGCAACUCCUUAGGCAUGGCCUGUGUGAUCAGAAGCCUGAAAUGCAGCACCAACUACACCGUCUCUGUCAUUUCCUCCAACUUCAUGUGCAACAGCUCUGAAAGUGAAGUGAUCUCCAUAGAAACAGCUUACUGCCCACCAGAAAACCUGACCACCUCCCUGGACUGUGCUGCCAACGAGGCUCUGAUUUCAUGGCAGGGAGCUCCUUCAUUGAACUCCUACACUGCCACCAUGACGGAUACAGGUGACGGGCUUCUCAGCUGCAGCUCCACUAAGCAGAGCUGCAAAGUGUCUAACCUGAAAUGUGGCCAGCUCUACACUGUCACUGUCCGUUACCAUGAUGGAAACUGCCCAGGCUUGACAUCAAAAGCCAUCUACAUGCACUCUGGUAAGAAGUCAUGCUGCUUCAACUGUUUUCUAAAUAAAUCCUAACAAGAAAUAGGUCCAUGAAGUCCCACUCGACUCCUCUUUUGAUCUAUUGUAAAAGUGUUCCCAGUGGUCUUUUAAUUAUAUUUAUGCUGUUUUUGGCCAAAAUAAAAAACAAUUUAGUUUUCUAGGACAUAGUUUAUGCAUUAUUACACGCCCU